GCAUAAGGUCAUUGGAUGAAGGUCAUUCUCGCCUCCCUAGGCUUAUUCUUGUCAGAGUUUUUAACCAAUCUUGUGCACGUCCAAGUUCGAGAGCCUGCUCAUUCAAAUUACACAGAUCCAUUGACAACCCUAAAUUAUACAUCAGAUUACACCUGGUGGUUCUCUGAUAAAAGAAGUUGCAGACAAAUACCUGAAAUUUUGUUAAGCCAUAGAAGCAACGAAAACCUUCGACUGUUUGAAAUAGAUGAGGGGAAGAGAUGUUACAAUUUGCCAACAAUUAAGGAUCAAGUGUAUUUGAUAAGGGGCACGUUUCCAUUUGAUAGUUUAAAUUCUUCCUUUUAUGUUUCAAUUGGGGUAACACAACUAGGUGAAGUACGAUCGUCUAGGCUCGAGGACUUGGAAAUUGAGGGAGUUUUCAGAGCCACCAAAGACUACAUAGACUUCUGCUUAUUGAAGGAAGAGGUCAAUCCCUUCAUUUCUCAGCUUGAAUUAAGGCCAUUACCUGAAGAAUACCUACAUGGUUUCUCUACCGGUGUUCUAAAACUGAUAAGCAGAAAUAAUCUUUGUGGCACAAAAGAUGACAUCAGGUUCCCAGUUGACCAAAAUGAUAGAAUCUGGAAAGCAACUUCAAGUCCAUCAUCUGCUCUUCCACUGUCAUUCAAUGUCAGCAAUGUUGAGCUCAAAGGCAAUGUGACACCUCCUUUACAAGUCUUACAAACAGCUCUUAAUCACUCUGAGCGAUUGGAGUUUGUCCACGAUGGGCUUGAGACAGAGGAUUAUGAAUACUCGGUGUUUCUCUACUUCCUUGAAUUAGAUAGCACUCUCAAAGAAGGCCAAAGGGUGUUUGACAUCUAUCUAAAUAAUGAGAUUAAAAAGGAGAGGUUUGAUGUAUUGGAUGGAGGGUCCAAAUACAGUUACACAGUCUUGAACAUUUCAGCGAAAGGAUCGCUCAAUAUAACCUUGGUCAAGGCAUCUGGAUCUAACUUUGGACCCCUUUUGAAUGCCUAUGAGAUCCUACAGGCACGAUCGUGGAUUGAAGAGACCAACCAAACAGAUGUGGAAGUUAUUCAGAAGAUAAGAGAAAAACUGCUGCUACAAAACCAAGACAAUGGAGCAUUUGAGAGUUGGACUGGAGAUCCUUGUAUGCUUUUCCCCUGGAAAGGUAUAGCAUGUGAUGGUUCAAAUGGUUCAUCUCUUAUCACUAAGUUGGAUCUUUCCUCCAAUAAUCUCAGAGGAACAAUUCCGUCCAGUGUCACUGAGUUGACCAAUUUACAAAUAUUGAACCUGAGCCACAACCAUUUUGAUGGUUAUAUUCCCUUGUUUCCACCAUCUUCCUCGUUGACAUCAGUAGACCUGAGCUACAAUGAUCUUUCAGGACAGCUUCCGGAGUCCAUUAUCUCACUGCCGCAUUUAAAAUCAUUAUAUUUUGGCUGCAAUCAACCCAUGAGCGAUGAAGAUACAGCAAAGUUGAACAGUUCACUAAUCAAUACAGAUUAUGGAAGAUGCAAAGCAAAAAAACCCAAAUUUGGACAAGUUUUGGUGAUUGGAGCUAUUAUUACAAGUGGAUCACUUUUGCUUACUUUCGCUGUUGGAAUUCUUUUUUUUUGCCGUUAUAGACACAAGUCAAUUCCUUUGGAAGGAUUUGGUGGAAAGACCUACCCAAUGGCAACAAAUGUAAUUUUCUCUUUGCCAAGCAAAGACGAUUUCUUCAUAAAGUCGGUCUCAGUUAAACCAUUCACUUUGGAGUUUCUAGAGCUGGCAACAGUGAGGUACAAAACUUUGAUAGGUGAAGGAGGUUUUGGCUCUGUUUACCGGGGCACUCUAGACGAUGGUCAGGAAGUGGCAGUAAAAGUCCGUUCAGCAACAUCAACUCAGGGAACCCGAGAAUUUGAUAAUGAGCUAAACCUACUUUCAGCAAUACAACAUGAGAACCUGGUGCCUCUUCUUGGUUACUGUAAUGAAAAUGAUCAACAAAUUCUUGUGUAUCCUUUCAUGUCCAAUGGCUCUUUGCUAGAUAGACUAUAUGGGGAACCAGCAAAGAGAAAAAUAUUAGACUGGCCAACUAGACUCUCUAUUGCUCUAGGUGCAGCUCGAGGUUUGGCAUAUCUUCACACAUUUCAUGGACGUUCUGUAAUACACAGGGACGUAAAAUCGAGCAAUAUACUUCUGGAUCAUAGCAUGUGUGCUAAGGUUGCAGAUUUUGGUUUCUCAAAAUAUGCUCCUCAGGAAGGAGACAGUUAUGUUUCCCUUGAAGUAAGAGGAACCGCAGGGUAUCUGGAUCCUGAGUACUACAAAACUCAGCAACUAUCUGAAAAGAGUGAUGUUUUCAGCUUUGGCGUGGUUCUACUUGAAAUUGUAAGCGGCCGAGAACCUCUAAACAUAAAGAGACCACGGAUUGAAUGGAGCUUGGUUGAAUGGGCCAAACCAUACAUAAGAGCAUCAAAGGUGGAAGAAAUUGUAGAUCCUGGGAUCAAGGGAGGAUAUCAUGCAGAGGCAUUAUGGAGAGUGGUGGAAGUAGCACUGCAAUGUCUUGAACCCUUCUCAGCAUAUAGGCCGUGUAUGGUUGAUAUAGUUCGCGAGUUGGAGGAUGCUCUCAUCAUCGAAAACAAUGCAUCUGAAUACAUGAAGUCAAUCGACAGCCUUGGAGGAUCCAACCGCUAAUUUUUUAAACCACCAUUAAAUUCAUAUAAUUA